AUGUGGGGCGCUCUUCGAAUGCGCACUUUUCGUCGAUCCCAAAGAAGCAUCGCGUCGCCAAUGAAACGAACCAAGGCGAGAGCAUCGGAGAAGCAGCGCACAUUGGAAAGGCAUUUCGGCGCGAGACCACCGACAAAAAAUCGCCUACUCAACACGAUCUAUUGGGCGCUGCGUCGCUGCCAAUAUUGGCUAUGCUUCUACGAUGAUGAGGUCGAGGUCGACGUUGAAGACCUGCUCUCGAAUCCGUUCAACACCCAUCCACCGGGACUCGAGCAGCUCGUCCAGCUCACCGGCUUCAACCGCAAAUGGCUGAUGUUCAUGUAUCGCAAUUUUAAGCAGAGGUGCGCCAAUGGGCGAAUGACGGAAUCGCAAUGGCGCAUUCUUUUCCGAAGCCUAUUCCCGCACGCCAAUGAUUCGGCGUUCGUCGAUCGCAUGUAUCAAGCGAUUAUUCGCAACAAACCCCAACAGCAGAUCACUUUCGAGGACCUCAUCAUAUUCCUUUGGGAGCUCACCGAGGCCGGCCGACAAUCGGAACUCGCCAACGCCCAUAUUAAUGCGUCGAGCCGCGCGCAAUUCGUCUUCGCCCUCAUGGAUGUCGAGGGAAAGGGAAAAAUCGACGAGGAGACGUUUCGCAACUACACGCGUAGCAUAUUCGCACUGACCGCCUCUCAUCAUUUUUGCGACACGUCGGCGAUCGGAUUGCCGGCUGGAAGCAUUUAUCGAUCGAAGAGCGCCGACGACGAUCUGAAGCCGCUAUCACCGAUGAUCGCGCGUUUCGCGGCGAAUCGCUUCCGCGAGAUCGACGCCGACGGCGACGGCUGGAUAUCGGUGAAGGACAUCGAACGCGAGCUCGACUACGCGAAAGACGCCGUCGCACUCAAAUCAAUGAGCGACAUCGAAGAGCCAACGACAUCAAACUAA